AUGCAAGGCUUACGAUCCCUCGCGGUGGCCUGCCUUCUCGCUGCGGGCAUGGUUUCUAGCCAGACAACCAACAAGCAAUGUGUGAAGGGUCUCAAGAUCUUCGUGGGCCGUGGAACUGGCGAGCCACUGGUCGAUGCCCAGAACAAAGACACUACCCUCAUCUCAGAGACCGGGCUGGGCAACAACACGCUGGGUUUGGGCGAGACCGGAAAGCUCCUCACGCCCAUCUUUGACAAGAUCCCCGAUUCCAACUACACGGCCAUCUUAUAUACCGCGAGUAACGGGCGACGAAGUACCAACGAGUCAAACUACUUCGAAUCGGUGUACAACGGCACCGCGAUGGUCAGAAAGGCCAUGACAGAUUAUGCCACGGCCUGCCCCGACGGAAAGAUGGCCUGGAUAGGGUAUUCCCAGGGCGCGCAAAUCAUCAGCAACAGCCUCUGCGGCGUGCCCGUCAUCUGGGCUCAGUUCAUGCCUAAUCCUAGCAUCCCCGAGAUGAUCUCUUUCUCACAGCCUCUCCCCACAAACGUCACCAAGAAUGCCUCCGUCCAAGUGCUAAGCGGCGCAACAGUAAUCGCCACCCUCUUACUCGGCGAUCCUUCCCACAAGAACGGCACCAACUACAACUAUGGCUCGCACAACCUGACCGGCGACGGUGUCUUCUACCGGGGCGACACGAGCGCCUGUGAGGCUCUGGGCAAGCGCAUUCGAUCGUACUGCGACGCCGGAGACGUGUACUGCGACGUCGGUCCAGCCUACAGCGACGCUCACGUCCGCUACGUCAAGGAUCGCAAGGAGGAGCUCGUCAAUUAUAUCGUUGAGCAGUGGAACAAUGGCGGCGAGACCGGCGAGGUUUCGACAACGAACACUCGGAGCGGCGCGUCACCCUCGACUACUGACGAUGCUGGUAGCGGGCCCCCCGGGCUUGCUAAGGCUUCCAGCUUCGCCCGGGUUCUUUCUUUGAUUUCGUUUCUUCUGAUCUAA